UUGUGUAAUAACUCCGUCCCGUACGGACUUUAUACCAAUUUACCGCGCGGAAUACUUUGACCUUGUAGUAAAACUAGCGGCUUUUCUUAAGUUAAUUAUAUUAUAAUUAAAUCUGCCCAGACCUUUAUUUAUAUCAGUUAUGUGGUAUCGUAUAACUAAUUUGAUAAGGACAUAAACUUUUAUAGUAGGUAGAAUCACGAUAGUGCUCGUGUGGAUUAGUUCGUGUCUUGUGUAAAUAAAGAAAUGACGUCGGAAUCAGAAGAGAAGGCUCUUCGUUACCGACGGGCGCAAAGUGUGACACGGGCCGAAGAAAUUACUGAAAAGGAAAAAAAGUUUCGAAGUUUACAACUUGAUAGACCUUGUCACAAACCAAGAGACUCCCUGUUCUCAUGGAGCUCAGAGUUUGCAGACUUCACGGGGCUGGUCAACUGGGGCUUCUUGAUGCUUACCAUCGGUGGAGUGCGCCUAUUCCUUGAAAACAUCCUGAAGUAUGGAUUUCGUGUGAACCCUAUUGAGUGGAUUAUUGUACUGACUGGCUCUAAUGAAGGACAGAACAGCCAAUAUCCUAGCCUGGUGCUGCUGAUAUUUUCAGUGGUGCCUGUAGUGAUAAGCCUGCUAAUCGAAAAAUCCAUCGCAGUGGAUAUGAUAUCGGAAAAAGUCGGAUUAGCAUUACAAGUGUCUAACAUCAUUUUUGUGAUAUCCUUGCCUAUGGCCGUCCUUCAUUUUAAGGGAGAUGAAUUUAGUUUUGUGGGAAUAUCGACAGUGUGCACACACUAUUUGAUUUUGUUCUUGAAACUCUGGAGCUAUGUGCAAACUAAUCAUUGGUGCAGAUGUGGCAUUAAGAAGAGGUUCGCAAAGAAUACACUGAGGCGGCAGAGUUUAUCAGCACCUAACUGGAAUGAGCUUGUGAACGCGACACAGGAACAGACAGCCGAAGAGGAGCUCAACGACGACGCGGCGGCGGCGGGCCUGACCAAGUACCCAGACAACCUGUACCUGAAAGACUUGUUCUAUUUCAUGCUGGCCCCCACCCUCUGCUAUGAACUCAAUUUCCCCCGCACCGUACGCAUCAGGAAGCGUUUCUUGAUAAAGCGGAUGUUGGAGGUGAUGUUCGGCGUGAACCUCGUGCUGGCGUUGUUCCAGCAGUGGAUGAUACCGUCCGUCACCAACUCUGUGGACACGUUCUCGAGGAUGGAUCCUAUAAGGAUCACCGAACGACUGUUGAAGCUUUCGGUACCAAACCACUUGAUAUGGCUGUGUUUCUUCUACCUGUUAUUCCAUUCGUUCCUCAACUUGAUGGGCGAGUUGUUACAAUUCGCCGACCGCUCUUUCUAUGGGGACUGGUGGAACUCUAAUAACAUCGCGGUGUUCUGGCGGUCCUGGAACCUGCCCGUGCACAGGUGGGCGGUGCGACACGUGUACACGCCCAUAACUAUGAAGGGAUACAGCAAAUCCACUGCCGGAGCCGUCGUCUUCCUAAUAUCGGCGCUCUUCCAUGAGUACUUGGUGAGUGUCCCCUUACAAAUGUUCCGCGUGUGGGCGUUCCUGGGAAUGAUGGCGCAGCCGCCGCUGUCUGUGAUCUCGCGCUUCGCUGAGGUGCGGUUCGGGCGCCGCUGGGGCAACCUCAUCGUGUGGAGCUCCCUCAUCUUGGGCCAGCCGCUCGCCAUCAUGAUGUACUACCACGACUACGCCGUCGCGCACUUCACUCCCGCGCAAUGAUACCAACAUAAAGUUUCUUUAGUUUCACCAAAUGAAUAAUCUGAGUCAGUGUAUUGCGUUUAUGACGGCGAAGCGACCAAUUUGAUUCUUAUUUAAAAUCAGCUUUAACUUCAGUGGCACGCAGUAAGGCAUAUAGUUAUUUAAUAGGCGCUGGAUCAUUCGCACGGCAUUUUUUUACCUUGCUUUUUAAGUAUUUUUAAGCAUAGGUAUUUCAAAGACAUUACAAGAUCUUUAGAUUGGUCACUUUAUCGUCAAUUUGUUCUUCAUUAAUUUUGUUUAGAGUAGUGGGAGCCUAGUCUAGAAGCAAGGGCAAGGGUAACAAAUGUGGUCAAGUUGUAGAUGCUAUUAUUAUUUGCCAGGCGCGGAAUAACAUAUCAGAAAAUGCAAUCUACAUCUAUAAUAAUGAUACAAAAUUAUAUUGUAUACAAAAUAUUUUUACCAAAGCAAUAUUAUUGGCAAAUAAGAUCAUCUAGUGCUCGAGUAGUUUUAAAUAUACAUACAUAUAUAUGUUUUGAAAUAUUUUGUGUCGUUAAAUAUUUAAUAUUGUAAACUUCCGUUUUAAUGUAUUUUACUAUUGUUAAAUAUAAUGUAGGUAUUGCAAUUAAGUUUUCAGUCGAUUUUAAUGUUUUAGUUCAAAGAUCAACAGUAGUUUUAUGAGUACGUUUUGAGUACCUAGAUCAAAAUAAUAUUUUAUUUUUAUGUUGAAAUAUUUAUUAGAAGUUAAGGGUUUGGUGCAUUUUGCUAUGAUGUAUAUUUUGAAACGAUUGUUUAUGUAAGUACAUAAUACCUGCAUUUUAAAUAUUCCAUUUACAAAAUAAAUAUUUUAGAGCUGUUGCAAGACUGAAUACGCAACGCUACCGUAGUAUUGAUUGUGAUAUUCUUGCCAUAAACCAAUUAUGAAUUUAUUUUACGAGUUUAAAGCAAUUGUAUACAAAUGUGUCUAAUAAUGGUGCUCAUUCUAGGAGACAGUUCAUUUUGAAUUAUACCUUUCACAUUCUUAUCCGCCGAAAAGGAAAGGGACGGGUAACCGACAGGUUGAAUGUGUGUAUGUAAAUUUUGGGCAUUCAUCCUAAUAAAUGAUUUGAUAUUAUACGUUUAAGGAACGUUGGCAUUCAGGUUCAGGACAGAAUUCAGUUGACAAUUGUCAAUCAUCCGUCCCUUUCCUUUUCGGCGGAUAAGAAAAUGGCAGGUGUGGCUGUGAAAUAACAUUAGACGGUGUCUGCUGAAAUCAGCAUUAUUUUAUUAAUUUAAAUUUAUUAUAGGAAGAUGUUGUUAAGUAGUAAGAAAUGUAUAUUUAAUAUGUUAACUAUAUUUAUGAAUAUAAAUAAUAAAUAUGGUCUAUUGUGUUCGCGAUUUUUAAGCUUAAAAUCAUGACAGUUUAUUAUUAAAUUAGAAAUGGUUUCUUACUAUUUAUUAUUAUUUGCUAGCUAUUUUUAUAUUUCAUAUUAACAUUUUAUAAAUUGCAUAUCAGUGCUGAUUCUGGCGGACGAUACUUAAAUGUUAUAUCGUUUAACUAUUUUAAAUAGUGCCGUUCUUUACUUACGAUAAGAGCUAGAAAGAGACAGCUAGUUUAGGAACUGUCAAACUAUAUCAAAAUUAAGUUUAUGCGGGUCAGAAUUGGCACCAUUAUGUUAUAUGUCAUUUAAGAGUGGGACUUCGAUUACGGGAACGUAUUGACUAUAAACGUAAAAAUAUCCUACAAUCUUUUUGCAAAUAUCCACUUCGAAUUUAUGUAAAUUUUGAUUGGAUAUUUGCAAGAAAAGACAAAAGAUUGUUAGGAUAUUUUUGCGUUUACGGACGGUAAUGGUUUUUCCAGAGUUCGAAGAACCACCAUUAAAGAUGUUGCGAAUGUAUUUUUAUAUUAAUAUUUGAUAAAGUUAUCACAAUUUAAUAUACCAAUUUAUAUUUUUAUACCAAAUUUUGUAUGAAUGAAAUAUAAUAUUUUUAAAUAUGAAA